AUGGGGAAUACAAAGAGCAGCGCUUUGUCGAAGGAGAUUCUGGAAGACUUGAAGUCCAACACCAAAUACUCCGAGGCUGAACUCUGCACCUGGUACCAGUCUUUCCUGAAGGAGUGUCCCAACGGGAAGAUCAGCAAAGAGCAGUUUGAAGGCAUCUAUGCCAGCUUCUUCCCGAACGCAGACCCCACAGCCUACGCUCGGCAUGUAUUCAGGAGUUUUGACACCAAUGCAGAUGGCACUUUGGACUUUAAGGAGUACAUUGUCGCUUUGCACCUAACGUCCGGUGGAAAGACUCGGCAGAAGCUGGAGUGGGCCUUUGCCUUGUAUGAUGUGGAUGGGAAUGGAACCAUCAACAAAAAUGAAAUCCUAGAGAUUGUUAGGUCAAUAUUCUUUAUGAUUCCUGAUGACGACCAGACGAACCUCCCCGAGGACGAAAACACACCAGAGAAGAGGGCUGAAAAGAUCUGGGCAUUCUUUGGGAAGAAGGAAGAUGAUAAAAUCUCAGAGGGCGAAUUCAUUCAGGGUGUGAUGGACAACAAGGACAUCCUGCGGUUGAUACAGUAUGAUGAGCCUCAGAAAAUUAAAGACAAGCUAAAAGAGAAAAAGCAGUAG